UUUAGAAGCGGAUGUGUUUACGUUUAAUGCAGCUGAAGAAUAUUCGUGUUGUGUUUAAUGUGAAUGAAUACAGCUAUGAUCUCUAUACUGUUCUCUUAAAAUGUCUAUUUCAGCCGAAAAACACGAUAAAGAGAAGAAGAAUCCGACUGGAAGACACAGUCCAGAUGUGGAUCGACCGAACAUGAGUGAUCUGAGUAUUGUUCUGAUGGGGAAGAGUUCAUCAGAAAACAUCAGUGUGAUGAAGUCUAUUCUGGGAGCAGAUCUGAGACCAAGUGAAGGUCCUUCAGAGGAUUUACAGAAUCACAGUGUGAGAGUCAGUGGACCAGUGGAGAACAGACACAUCACAGUCAUCAACAGUGUUAAUCUGCUCCAAUGGAACCUCUCAUACUCUCAGAUCACAGAAAGAAUGAAGGAGUGUAUCAGUCUGUGUUCUCCAGGACCUCAUGUGUUCAUACUCGUACUGCAGCAUCACAACUUCAGUCAAGACGAUAGAAACAGAGUCAAACAUGUGCUGAAAGAAUUCAGUGAAGAGGCCAUGAAACACACAAUAGUUCUGACUACUGAUAAAGAAAUAUACAGAACCAAACAACCUUCUCUAGUAAUGAAUGAACAAAUCAAACAUUUAAUACAGAAGUGUGGAGGAGGACAUCUUCAGUUCAAUGAAGGUCAAGCAGCAUGGCUCUCUGAGAUGAUCAGAAGAAUAGAUGAGAUAGUUAAGAAAGAACCUGAUGAAUAUCUCAUAUGUGAGAUCUUUGAAGAUGCAGAAGGAUCAUCUGUUGAUCUAGAGCCAAAGGAAGAAGACUCUUAUUUCGAUGAUGGAAGACCUGAAGAGAGCCAUAAAACCAGAAGCGAUGAUGGAACUAUUUCUUUGAGUGUAAACUCAAAGCUGAAUGUGGUGUUGUGUGGAGCUGAUGCAACACUGAAGGUCUUCAUGUCUGAACUCAUGAGAGGAAAAAUAAAUCAACCUUCAAAUCAGAAAGUCUCCAUCUCCUCAGUGUGUGUGAAGAGAGAAGAGAAGAUACAUGGACGUCAGAUCUGUGUUGUUGAGCUUCCAGCUCUGACUGGACUCUCAUAUGAAGAGAUGAUGUGUCAGACUCUCAACUGUGUGUCUCUCUGUGGUCCUGGAGCUCAUGUGUUUCUCAUCAUCAUUCCUGUUGGUCCAUUGACUGAUGAAGAGAAAGAAGACAUUGAGAAGACCCAGAAGAUAUUUAACUCCACUGAUCACUUCAUGAUGAUUUUCAUGUCUGAUGUCACUGUAGACAGAAGUGUGACAGAUUUUGUAGAUUCAGACGCUGAAAGUCAGAGAUUGAUCCGUCUCUGUGGAGGACGAUACAAAGUCAUGGGGUUACAAGAACAUAAGAGAUAUAAACCAGCAUCAAUAGAGCUGCUGGAGUACAUAGAGAACAUGAAGACUGAACCAUAUUCACUUCAGAUGUUUGUCAGAGCUCACGAGAGAAGAGUCAGACGAGAAACAGAAGAGAAAUAUGAAGAAAAACUCAAGAGAAUGGAGAAUGAAAAGUUGCAGCAGAAGAUUCAGCCAGAGGGUGCUGAUGACUCAGAAGAUCUGAAGUGUUUGAGGAUUGUGUUGAUAGGGCGGACAGGAAGUGGAAAGAGUGCAACAGGAAACACAAUUCUGGGAAGAAAACAGUUUAAAAGUCUAUUCAACUCAGAUUCAGUGACGAGUGUUUGUGAGAAAGGAGUUAGUGAAGUUGAUGGUGUAUCAGUAUCUGUUGUUGAUACUCCAGGACUGUUUGACACAAAACUGACAAAUGAUAAAGUGAUGGAAGAACUCGUGAAAUGUGUGUCACUGUCAUCACCUGGACCUCAUGUCUUCAUCAUUGUGUUGAGUGUUGGAAGAUUCACUAAAGAAGAGUCAGACACUAUAGAUCUGAUAAAGAAGAUAUUUGGUCCUAAAGCUCUACAGUUCACUAUCGUUCUGUUCACUAAAGGAGAUGAUCUUGAGUGUGAAUCUAUAGAAGAUUUUAUGAGGGACGGUUCUGAAGAACUGAAGAAAUUGAUCAGAGAAUUUGGAAACAGAUUCCUGGUGUUUAAUAACAAUGAAACACAAGACAGAAGUCAAGUGACUCGACUGAUGAACAUGAUAGAAGAUAUGAAAACAACAAAUCACGGUCGAUAUUUCACUAACAGCAUGUUUGAAGAGGCAGAGAUCAGCAUUAAGAAGAGAAUGGAGGAAAUACUGAAAGAGACAGAGAGAGAUUUUAUGACUCAAAAUGAAAAAUGUAAAGCUAGCUAUGAAGCAGAAAUGGAACGGCUCAAGAUCAACCUGGAGUAUGACAGAAAAAGGAUAGAAAAGGAUCAAGAGAAAACUGAGAACAAGUUCAGAUUAAAAGAGGAAGAUCUUAGAAAAGAGUUUGAAGAGCAAAAGAAAACAGAACAACUGAAACAAGAAAACGCGAAAAAGAAACGAUUAGAGGAAGAAAAACAACUACGAGAUGAAUAUGAUCAGAAGAUAGAAGAGAUGAAAAAAGAGGCUGAACAUCAGAGAUCACUUUAUGAAAAGAGAGAGAAAGAGAGAGAAGAGGAGUAUAGAAAGAGAGAAGAGAAAUACAGACAAGAUCAAGAGAAGAUGAAACUUGAACAAGAAGAGAUUAUAACACUAUUAAAGAAGAGACAAGAAGAAGAGAUUAGAAAGAGAGAAUCUGAGGAGAAAAAGAGACGUGAAGAAGAAGAGAGAGAGAGAAAAGAGUGGAAGAAAAGAAUAAAAGAAGCUGAAAAUGACAGAAAAGAGACUCAAGAGAAAAUGAAACAACAAGAGAGAGAAUGGGAGGAAGACAAGAAACGACAGAUGAGAGAACGAGAGGAAGAUGAAAGAAAGCGAAGAGAGAGACAUAAAGAACAUCUGAGAGAUAAACAAGAAGAUCUGGAGAAAAUGAGAAAGACAUUUGAGAAAGAGAGAGAAGAAGAGAGACGACAAAGAGAUGAAGAGAGCGAGAAACUGAGACGAGAGAGAGAAAAGAAAGAGAGGGAAUACGAAGAGAAGAAAACUGAAAUGAUGGAACAGUAUGAGCAGCUGGAGAGAGAGAGAAAAGAGAUGUGGGAGAGAAAACAACGAGAAGAUGAUGAAAGAAGAGAAGAAGAGAGAACGAGAUGGGAGAAAAGAAUUGAUGAUAUUAAAAGAGAGCAAGAAGAAGAGAUCAAGAGAAGAGGAACAGAAGAGAGAAAGAGAAAAGAAAGAGAAGAGGAAGAGCAAGAAAAAAGGAAGGAAGAACAUGAGCGGAGAAUAAAAGAGAUGAAGAAGAAACAUGAAGAUGAAGCCAGAAAACAAGCAGAAGAGUUUAAUGAGUUCAGAGAGAGAAAAGAGACGUGGGAGAGAAGAAAACAACGAGAAGAUGAUGAGAGAAGAGAAGAAGAGAGAACGAGAUGGGAGAAAAAAUCUGAUGAUAUUAGAAAAGAGAAAGAAGAAGACAUCAAGUGGAGAGAAACCAUAGAAAGAAAGAGGAAAGAAAGAGAAGAGAAAGAGAGAAAAGACAUGAUGGAGGAGCAUGAGCUGAGAAUAAAAGAGAUGAAGAAGAAACAUGAAGAUGAAGCCAGAAAACAAGCAGAAGAGUUUAAUGAGUUCAGAGAGAAGAAUGAGCGACAUGUUCAAGAACUGAAAGAACUCUAUCAACACUUACAACAACAGAAAAGAGAAGAAACAGAAGAGCUACAAAAACAAGUUGAAGAACUGAGAAACAAGUCAAUCUGUGUCAUUCUGUGAAAGCUUGAAGACACAAUUAUGCUUAUAAACAUGAGCGUAGAAUAUAAUAUAUAAAACAUGUCCCCCACACAUCAGAUAAAGAUGAUUCAGUUCCCUGCACUAUUCCACACACUUCCACCACCAUUCCUCCCACAUUCUCUGAUUUGUAACAUAAAACAAAGAUUCAACCAAUCACAAGUGAGUGUUACCCGCCAUUCGUCAAAAGGAAUAUUUCACCUACAACAUUAAACAUCUGUCAUCAUUUACUCGCCAUAUUUAUCAUUUUAAACCUGUGGGAUUUUCUUUCUUGUGCAAAACCCAAAAGAAGAUGUUUUUAAAAAUGUUGGUAACCAGAAAUGUUCAAGUCAUUGUCGAGUCUUCCACUUUACCAAAAGUCUCAAGCUAACAGAUCACUUCUUCAGGACGUUCAGCAUAUGAGACAAGAGUGGAAGAUGUUACGCACAUGUGUUUCUACUGGUGCUUCAUCUGCGUUGAUUCACUCAAGAGGAGAAAGACGUGGUGAAGAUCAUCCAGAAGAUUUUAAGUGACAAAUCCAGAAUGUACACCAUGGUGCUGUUCACUAGAGGGAGGACCUCAGGGAAACCACCAUUGAAGGUUUUAUAAAAGAUGAUGGUAAUGUACAGAUAUCGUGUGUUUGAUACUAAUGAAUCCAGAGAUCAUACAGGUCAUCAUCUUUUCAGGUUAAAAUUUUUUUGCAACCAGAAAACAUGGUUUCCAGAACACUAAAAAUAAUGUUCCUUGAUGGAUUAUUUUUAAUGCUAAACAAUUGUCAAAACUGGUAAACUUCAGUAACAUGUGGAAUACAGAAAUUUAGAUCAUACUAACACAUGUUAUGCUGACCAAAUGAAAUGAAUAAAUGUGUCCUUUAAUGGCUGAAAAUAAUAAACUAAGAUAAAUGAAAAUACAAUCAUAUAUAUAUCCAUGGGUUGUCUGUUACUGUAUGUGUGUGCUUGAUCACGUGCUAUCUCAGCUUUGCCAAUAAUUCCCAUCAUUUAAAAAUGAACGAUUAUUUCACUUUAUCUCACUCACUAACACAUGAGAUUAGCAGUUUAUUUAUUUUAAUGGUUUAUUUAAAAACAGAUUUGAGAGAAAACUUAAAUGAUCGUGAUUUUCGAUUGGUUUGACACAACAGACAGUGGCGGAUCCAGGGA